GACCUUUCGAUGGUGAAGAUGGAUCAAUUCGUACUUAAAAAAAAUAAAUAAUUAAAAGAAUAACUUCAAACAAUAAAGAAGCAAUAGACUAUGGAGUCAUCGGAUGACUACGAUUCUCCUGCAGAGGACAGAAAUCCCUCCCCACCUCCAGAGUUGGCCCAGAAUUCAGACUUAAUCUCUGCUGAGUGUAUUGGAGAUACUGCAUUUAGCAAACACUGGCUCUUCACGACACUAAUUAAACUCAUCGAGGAGGUGGACCAGGAGAAUGCAGGGCCAGACAGAGGUUCAGGUGAUGGGAGAGGUGAGCUUGUUGUUGAUGUGGAUGAUGACCUUCAAAACGAGUUGUGUAAACUCUGGGACAUGUCUAUGAACUCUGAUGUGGCAAAAUUCUUGGAUGAAUUUAAGGCCGUAGAAAUCAUGACUGGAAUUAUACAGAAGUCGAAAGCACCAAGAGUUAUUGAAAUAUGUGUUGGUGUUCUUGGAAAUAUGGCGUGUGAGCAGCCAAUCUGUGACAGAAUGGCUCAAGACCAUAAAUUCAUUGAGCUGAUGUUGUCAAUGAUGGAAACAAGGGAUACGCCAACUCUGGUAGAAAAUACAAGGUUGGUCUCAACAUGUCUGGCGAACACAGGAUCUCGAGGACCGUGGGUCUCAGCCAUUCAGCGCUCGGAGGACAUCAUUGGACACCUGACCUUCAUCCUCUCUAGCUCAACCAACUGUGACCUGUUAAAGAACACAGCUGAACUGGUUGACACACUUCUCGACCUUGAGCCUGACCUCUGUAUCUCCUGGGCAACCAUAGACUUUGUGCAUGCUCUAAUGGAGGCAACAGAGCAAAUUGGUAGUGGUCACACUGACGCCUUGGAGGUGUCCCUACGUAUCUUCCAGAGUUUCUCCACCACUGAGUCUGGGGUUGAGGCUCUAGUUGCCCACACAGCAGCACUGGAACUGAAAGUACUGAAGUACCUGAACAUAGUGUGUGAGUACGAGAUUGUGGGUGUGGAUGGGAAGGUUCGACCACUCGCCUCUGCUCUCUCCGUCUUGAACAUUCUGUUCUCCUCGCGACCUCCAGCUGCAAACUCACACAUCUGCAAUGAUGAACGUUUUAUGAGAAUAUUGUUGAAGAUUCUGGAGCCAGUAUACCCUAUGCUUCAAAAAUAUCGGGAAGCUGUCAGAUCUCACCAUCCAGAUUCAAAAAAUCAUGUGACUCCAUCCAACCAAUCAAACACAGUUAAAGCCACAGCUGACCAAUCAGAGACUAAGAAAACUCCACAUGAUGCUGGGGAUGCAGAUAACAAAAACAAAUCUGCUGAAGAAAAUAAAGAGGCUGAAAAUGGUUUGGAUGAAACUGAACAAGCAGAGUUAAAAGAACUAUCAGUUCUGUAUGAAAUACUAUCCGGAAUGAUUCUGGAUUACUGCAAAAUUGCCUUUGUUGAGAGCAGUAAGACAGAUCAUGAAGACACUACCCAGCAGGAGGGUGAAAACAAUUCCAAUACAGACAAUGGUCAAAACACCGAAAACCAGCACACUGACACUAGCAAUGACAUGCCUUCAACAAGUGACAUUGUCAAUCAGGGGGAACAAUCUCAACAGAGGAGUAAGGGAGACAACCCUGUCAUAAACUGUGUUCCAAUAUUGACCUACCUUGAUGAGGCUUGCAGUCGGGGGCGUUUAAACAACUUUGGGCUUACAUUGAAAGAAACGGAAGAUGGACAGAGUCUGUUUACAAGGCUGCAAAAUCUUGCUUCACAGCACAAGAAAGAAAGACUUUCAAGGAUUUUGAAUGACAUUGAUAACUGUAGAAUUGUGAAAAGGGCAGACUCGGCGAAGCAUUUGCUGAAUGAAAAUGGCUCUUAAAGAACAGUGAGUUGACGAUUGUGCAUAAUUUCAUCAAAUUUACCAUCAUGAUAUACAUUUAAAGUUUAGUACUUAGGGUACAAUGUGUUGUAGAUUGUGCAUAAUUUCAUCAAAUUUACCAUCAUGAUAUACAUUUAAAGUUUAGUACUUAGGGUACAGUGUGUUGUAGAUUGUGCAAAAUUUCAUCAAAUUUACCAUCAUGAUAUACAUUUAAAGUUUAGUACUUAGGGUACAGUGUGUUGUAGAUUGUGCAUAAUUUCAUCAAAUGUGGCAUCACAAACCACAUUAAAAGUUGAGAUAAUAUGCUUGAAUGUAUUAAACUAUACAAAGAUGCAAAUACACCGAUGCAUACAUGUAUAGAUUGUUGUCAAUGUGAGUGAUUUAAGAACACAGUUGAUGUUUUUUGGAGAUGACCUGAAUAACAGGGGAAUUAUGUUUUCAAUAUGUUGAUGAUAUAACUUAUAGGGUCGGCAUCCAUCUGCAGUGCUCUUGUAUUGUUUUUGAGUAUGCAUUUCACACUGAAUUCACUACAGCUAAAUGAAAUCAUGAAUGUAAAACAUACGAUCAUGAAAUAGGAAUUUUUAUUUUUGAUAUA